AAUACACAGCGGGGGUAACUAGCAGGAGACAGACCGGGGGUAAAUACACAGCGGGGGUAACUAGCAGGAGACAGACCGGGGGUAACUAGAUCUGGGGUAUCUAGGAGGAGCUAGAUCAGGGGUAUUUGGCAGCAGAUAGAUCAGGGGUAUUUGGCAGCAGAUAGAUCAGGGGUAUUUGGCAGCCAGGGCAGGGGGGGCUGCUGUUGCUGCAAGCACAAAGCCAUUGUGUUGCUAUCUAUAGCCCUUGGUUUGGAGAUCACACACAGAGUGCUUCAUCAGGCCUGCACCCUGCCAGAUUGGGACCUUACUGGAUCCAGGAGCCAGACAGCCAUUUAUUCCCAGAGCUAAUCUCCCAGGGAGCUGGGGUGGCCCUGGCUGAAGCCCUGCUUUCCCUCAGCCUGCUCAUCUCGAGUUCUUUCAACAGAAACACCUGACUUAACCUCUAAAGGCUUCGUUACGCCGUGCACCUUUUAUCUGAAACAUGAAAAAAUUCAAGAGAAGGCUUUCACUCACGUUGCGAGGCAGCCAGACAAUAGAUGAAUCGCUCUCCGAGUUGGCAGAGCAAAUGACCAUUGAGGAAAAUAGCAGCAAAGAUAAUGAACCUAUUGUGAAGAAUGGCAGGCCACCAACGUCUCACAGUAUGCACUCCUUCCUCCACCAAUACACAGGAUCUUUCAAGAAGCCACCACUGAGAAGACCGCACAGUGUUAUAGGUGGGAGCCUCGGUUCUUUCAUGGCAAUGCCAAGGAACGGGAGCAGAUUAGAUAUAGUUCAUGAAAACCUAAAAAUGGGAUCAGAUGGUGAAAGUGACCAAGCAUCUGGGACUUCAUCGGAUGAGGUCCAGUCACCAACAGGUGUUUGCUUAAGAAAUCGAAUGCACCGGCGAAUAUCAAUGGAGGACUUGAAUAAACGACUGUCCCUUCCAGCUGACAUUAGGAUACCUGAUGGUUAUUUGGAAAAGCUUCAAAUCAACAGCCCUCCAUUUGAUCAACCUAUGAGUAGACGGUCCCGUAGGGCAUCACUGUCAGAAAUCGGUUUUGGAAAGAUGGAAACAUACGUUAAAUUGGAAAAACUUGGAGAGGGUACUUACGCAACUGUGUUUAAAGGAAGGAGUAAACUGACCGAAAAUCUUGUAGCUCUGAAAGAAAUCCGUUUAGAGCAUGAGGAAGGUGCACCAUGCACAGCUAUCAGAGAAGUAUCCUUACUAAAGGACCUGAAGCAUGCUAAUAUUGUCACUUUGCAUGACAUUGUGCACACGGACAAAUCGUUGACACUUGUGUUUGAAUAUCUGGACAAAGAUUUGAAACAGUAUAUGGAUGAUUGCGGCAAUAUUAUGAGCAUACACAAUGUAAAGAUAUUUUUGUACCAAAUUCUACGAGGCCUGGCGUACUGUCACAAACGAAAAGUGCUUCACAGGGACUUGAAACCACAAAACCUGCUCAUCAAUGAAAAAGGGGAAUUAAAAUUAGCUGAUUUUGGUUUGGCCAGAGCAAAGUCCGUUCCCACAAAAACCUACUCCAACGAAGUUGUCACAUUAUGGUACAGGCCACCAGACGUAUUGCUUGGGUCUUCUGAAUACUCCACGCAAAUUGACAUGUGGGGUGUUGGUUGUAUAUUUUUUGAAAUGGCCUCAGGAAGACCUCUGUUUCCUGGUUCCACGGUGGAAGAUGAGCUUCACUUAAUAUUUAGACUUUUAGGCACUCCAACUGAAGAUACCUGGGCAGGAAUUACUUCAAAUGACGAAUUCCGAAAUUAUAACUUUCCCAAGUACAAAAUGCAGCCGCUAAUCAAUCACGCACCCAGGUUAGAUUCUGAAGGGAUAGAGUUAUUGACACGGUUUCUUCAGUAUGAAUCUAAAAAGAGAAUUUCAGCAGAAGAUGCCAUGAAACAUGCCUACUUCCGAAGUCUUGGAACAAAAGUAAACAGCUUACCAGAAAAUGUUUCAAUAUUCAGUCUUAAAGAUAUCCAGCUACAAAAAGACCCUGGCUUCCGAAAUUCUUCCUAUUCAGAAACAGGACACGGCAAGAACAGAAGACAAAGCAUGCUGUUUUAAGAAUUUUCUUCUCACAAUUCAAUACCAAUAUUCAAUGCUUUGGUGGCAAUUUUCACUUCUCGUGGACUCUGGACUAUCUAUUCGUCUACACUGACCUACCUACAGUGGAGUUGUUUUAUUUUCAGGCCUGCAGAUAUAUUUUUUUUGUUUGUUUUUUUUUGUUUGUUUUUUUAAUAUUUGUUGUCACAGUGUGACAAAAUAUUGUACAGUUCGUUAUAAGGUCCUCUGCUGUUUUAGCCAGUAGGUUAUGGCUGUCAGUGUGACUGUAGAUGCAGUUCUCUGCAGGACUGAGACACAUUGCGUUAUUUAUUGCGGAAUCAUUGCUGCUAAAUGACUACUGUCUGAAUAUUUACCACAUCAAACAGUUGAAUGCCUGAAGAAGUUGCAGUGACUUUAUAAUAUGUGAACGUGUUGUUUUUUCCCCCACCCCCCUCUUUUUUUUCUUCUUAAAAAUGGUUUUUAGGCUUUUUUUUUUUUUUUUAACAAAAAUAUUUUCUAUUAAAUUGUGAAGUCUUC